AGUCUGACCAAUCACUUCGCUCGGAGCGCACACCAUAGCAGCCCGGCUCUACUUCGUUGGCGAGCUAGUAGAGAGGAGUACCGUAAAGAGGGGAGUAAAGCACAUUUCUAUUGUACAUGUUUUCCCUUUAAUGAACAGUACGUUAUAUAAUGUCCGAGAAUGUCCAUUUCUGGAACUCUAAGCAACUACUAUGUCGAUUCUAUCAUAAGUCAUGAAGGAGAAGAUCCGAACGCGUCCCGCUUCUCCAAUGUACAGUACUCCAGCGCUAGACAACCCGGACCCGGCGAGCAUCCCGAGUUCCCCUCUUGUAGCUUCCAGCCCAAGCCUUCAGUGUUCAGUUCGUCAUGGAGUCCAUUCAGUUCCCACGCGUCCAGUGGCUUACCAGCGGUCUACCAUCCGUACAUACCGACGCAGCCAGUGCCUUCAACGGAUACCCGAUACCUCCGCACAUGGCUUGACUGCGCUCCGAGAGCAGAACCCCUGCCCGGGCAGGGACAGGUCAAGAUGGAGCCGCUCCUGGGACAUCUCGGGGAACCACCGAAACUAGUCGGGCAGCAUGAGUACAUCUUGGAGUCCUCUACAGCACGGGAGAUGAAUUCUGCUCACAGCGCUGGGUUUGAAGACAAUAAGGACAUAUGCGAAGGCAGCGAGGACAAAGAGGGACCGGAUCAAAACGACCCAUCUGCCAACUGGUUACACGCUCGAUCAUCCCGGAAGAAGCGAUGUCCAUACACGAAAUAUCAGACCUUGGAGCUAGAGAAGGAAUUUCUGUUCAAUAUGUAUCUCACCCGAGACCGGAGACACGAGGUAGCUCGCCUGCUGAACUUGACAGAGCGACAAGUAAAAAUAUGGUUCCAAAACAGAAGAAUGAAAAUGAAGAAAAUGAAUAAGGACCAGCCCAAAGAAUAAUAACGCAGACUGGUGCCAGGCGUUCAAGCCGUUUACAAAAAGUAUGAUGCAAGAAUGUUUUACUGCGUCAAAAAGAAAACGCUGACGCGCAUUCACACACCAUUUUCCAUAUAGGACUGGACAGUGUUAAAAAUAUAGAGUAUAAGGAAGAGGUGAGAUGAUGCAGAGGAAGGGGAAAACGUCUUGCCAUCUCUCCCUUCUUUUAUUGCAUUUUAUGACUUGUGUUAAAGAAACACUUCACCAGGAAAUAAACAGGUGAUAAGGAACUGGUUUCAACAGGCUGAAAUAUUGUGCUUUUUAUAAAGUUUUUCUCUAUAAUUCUGCAUUUUUCAUCAUUCCUUUUGUCAUAGACAUAUGCUGAUAUAAAAUGUAUUUAACAAAACAUACGCCUCAUUCAGUAUACAAGGGAAGUUUGGCUUAUCUGUAAAGCAUGUUCACGUAUUUGCUAAAGACGUGAGCUCUCUUUUACAAAAUUAUUAUUAUAAUUAUUAUUAUUAUUAUAGCGGAAUACAACAGUCUUUAGUUCGUAGUGUCUAUACCAUCUGUGAAGCAGUUAUUGAAGUUUACGAUAUUAUAAAUUAGCUCCUUUUGACAUUUACUUGUGCGCAUUUGUGGUAGAGGCACACUUAUAAAUUGUCUUGGUUGAUUUGAAUGUACUAAUAGUAGUACUAGUAAUAAUAAUAAUAAUAAUAAUAAUAAUAAUAAUAAUAAUAAUAAUAAUAAUAAUAAUUUCUAAAAUUGCUUUCAGAUAUUUUCUUUAUAGCUUCUACUUCAGUUUCCUUCAAUAGUGUUUGGAUCAUUUUGGGUCAAAAUCAAGAAUCAAACUAAAGUAAUUAAACACGAAUGAAACAAGUUGUUUUACCUACUAAUUUUGGUUCAGAUAUCCCAAAAUAAUCCUUUUGAAAUUUAGAGUGCAGGUUCCGAGUGUAUGUAUUUGUAGCGUGCCAGUAACCAUAGAAUUAAUUCGUGCUGAAAUGUAUAACAACCUUUAAUACAGAUUCGGUCGCAGUUGUUUACAUAAAUUUGCGCAUGCCACGUAGCCUAUUGUGUAGUUUUCUUAUGUAUGUGUUAUUGAAAAGCUAGUAUUAAUUCGAAGCUGUUUUAUGUGCGGUAUAAGGAUUGUUGUUUUAAUUUAUUGUAAAUACGUUAAUAGUUUUUUUUCUUCUUUUUAAUGGAAUGUUUUAUAUGUUGUAAAAAGAA